AUGGCUCCGAAGAGGAGGCACACGAAGGCGGUAGCGAGGUCCUGUGUGGCAGAACCACGACGUUCGGGUCGUGCUGCUGCUAGUUCUGCCGAUGUAGCAGAACAGUCGGGUCUCGCCAUGUCGACCCCCAAAUCCGAAGCGAGCUCACGAACUAGAACCCCAAGAAAGCCCGCCGCCAAAGGGAAAUGGAGCGAGGAGCAUUUAUUGACGAGCGAUAAGUCCCUCCUUAUUGACUUUGAUCUAGUCAAACUGCUGGCACAACCCGAAGCAUGGAAUUGCCUUGAGGAAAGCGACAAGCGCGAAAUCCUUGAUCUACUCCCCCCAGAUGUUCAUCCGGAGGCACAAAUUACGUCAGACGAUCCAGAUGCAAAGAUACCACCCAUUCCAGACUCUUUUAUCCGCUAUUCAAACAACUGGCGCGACGGCGUUCGACAGUUCCAACUCGACCUCCAAAACGGCCGCUACGACCCCGGAUGGUUGCACCAGGCGCAGGAAGCCAGACAGCAGCGCGAGAAUGGCGACUUCGAUAACUUCAAGGAACGUGAAUAUGAGCAGUUCUGGGGACAGAAACAGAAAGUUGACUGGCGUGCACCUGCCGGAGAAAGUGCGCGGGUGAAGAUAGGAACUCUUAUCGAUGAAGGUGUCAUCCAGCUGGGCGAUAUCUGGAAAUUUUAUUAUGUUUAUGGCAGGGGUGCGGGCAGAAUUGUCAUCGAAAAGGAAGUCAGGCUUCAUGACCGUGUUGGGGCGAAAUUGACUUUUGCCAUUCCACCUGGUGAACGAGUGUUUCUUCGCAGCAACUUCGACAAAGGAGACUCAUUCUUGACACCAGAAAAGAGAGAGGAAGAUGCAAAAAUCGGUCUACACGCACAGCCACAGCCUGUGGCACCCCCUUGUAACGAUGCACAUUUGAAAAACGAGGAACUAGAAUCACAGGCUACUAAUGGUACCUCGAAUGGUGACGAUAUGAAGCUCGACACCGAUCACGCGCCACAGGAGACCCCUGCUUCUGGCAAUGAUUCUGCCAAUGACAAGGCAAUGAAGCCGAAGAAUGGCCAACCACCACAUGGAAUCCCUGCACCUUCUACUGACGAAAUGAAUAUCGAAACCCACAUCACCACAGAGCCAAAUAUUUCACCGUCAAAUGACCAAGGAAGCCAAGAAGAAUCACCAUUUAGUGUUAUUAUUCUUAGCCCCGGCGGUACGCGAAAUCAAAAGCCCAAGCGCACAAUUCCUGAGCCCGAACCCCAGCCCCCAGUGAAACGCAAGCGAGGGCGACCACGUAAGAACCCACCAAAGCAACCGGCGCCGGAGCCGCCUCGAGAACCGGAGGUGUCUAGGGAAAUAGAACUCUCUCAGCUUGACGAACCAAAGUCAACUGCUCCUCCUUCUUUCAACCUCAGUCUCGCCGUGGCUGCAAAAAUUGAAGAAAACCGCAAAGCUGCAGCAGAAUCCUCGCAUUUAGAGCCUUCACAGCCUGAACAUCCUUUGUCGGCGCUGUCUUCUACCCCUGGACCCCCCGAGAUCCCUGCGCCAGGGCUAUGUGGGUCAAUAGAGCCAUCCAUCGCCAAUGCCAACGUCAAAAAUGGUACAUCGAAAUCAUUGGAAGUAUCCACGGCUCAGUCUGAUGCUCCAAUCGACAAUAUCGAGGCACCCGCUGAAGCUGAGCAGGAUGAAGUCAAUAAUUCCACCACUGAACCGCAGAAAGACCCAAUACCAACUUCAUCCCAGAUGACUACCGGUGAGCCGGAGGAUAUCAUCGUCUCGGGAAUCCCGUCACCACAAGCACUCGUUCUCAAGAUCUUACAGAUCGAUGGCCGCAUGCCCAACAGUCGUACUGCGAAUGCCUGGAAGGAAAUACGGUGCUACCGAAACAACCAGGACAUGGGCAGCCUCUUUGAUGUGCGAGAGGCUUGGUUCCUCCAGCAUGGACGACUUGAGUAG